GAUAAGAGAAACAUGAAACUAGCCCUUUCUUUUACCACAGCUCACCCAAACGGUCACCAUGCCGAUGACAAUAAGAUCCGCCGGGUUCGUCAUCUUCCGGAGGUUCAGCGACAAAGAGGACGCGGAUUUGCCAGAGUAUCUGCUACUGCAGGCCUCGUAUGGCGAAUUCCACUGGUCACCACCCAAAGGGGAGGUGGAGUACUUCGAGCCCGACUACUUGGCAGCUGUACGGGAGACGAGGGAAGAAACGGGAUUGACAUCAGAAAAUCUCAAGAUGGGAUUCGAUAUCAGCCAAACCAUAGACUACGUCAAUCGUAAAGGAAGAAAGAAAAAGGCGAUUUACUAUCUGGCCGAGCUGCUGAACGAUGUCCCGAUAGUACUCUCGGACGAACACCAGAUCUACAAAUGGUUUCCCGCGGAAGAGGCGAGGUCCAUAUGCUUGUAUCAAGACUUGUCCAAAGUGAUUGAUAACUUUGAAACCUUCAUCAAAAAGGGUGAAUGGGACUAUAUAUACGGGGAUGUGAACCAUGGUGCGAAACCGGAUGUUGAUUACGAAAAGUACAACUUUGAUUGUCCAACGUGCGGACCCCAACCGGAGGCUCCAACUACCGAAAUAACGGGUGCUUGAGGCCCUCAGAUGAAAUAAAGAGCUUUGGGCUGAACACUUUAUCAAAGUGAUGGAGUAAUCUUCUCCAACCUUUAAAGUGUAAGUAAUACUGUAAAGCAAUUUUGAACCUGGUAGUUGCUGGCUAACUAAUCUCCUCAUAAUAAUACAUUAGGUAAUUGUAUGUAAAGUUUCUCAUGAGUGACUACUCAACCAUUAAUGAUGGUGUAGUGUUCAUUUUAUAUGACACUUGCUAUAGGUACCUUAUUUAAUAAUGUUUGGAGGAAAAUCAGUAUUAGAACACUGUGUUUAGACUGUAAUUUUAAAUUUUAGGCUGUAAAAAGUAAUUUACAAAAUAUUUCAGAUUCAGUGAUUAAAGUCUAUGUGGGCUAUCCUGUGUAUUUCUUCCUCAUAUGAAUAUGAGUGUUACCCUUCAUUUUAUUAUUGCUAAUUAGACA